UUUCAUCAAAUGUCACGCAAGGGCAGGUAACCCAGACUGCCGAGGUUGCAGACACGCAAAAACACUGACAAGAGUGACGGUCCGCUGAGGCUUCGUGAAAUUAGUGCUUUUAAACACUUCCUGUGAAUGUCGUCUGCUGAGAAAAGAUAGAGAGGGGUUUUACACUACCGUGUAGCAGAAUUACUUCUGCUUUACAGCAAGCAUUUUAUAGUGAAUGUGUUUGUUGUUAUAUUGGAGAAUAUUUAAAGCGAAAUGUGGAUUAUUUUCUCUUUAGUGAACUUGGACUAAAUUUAGAUUCUGUCUCUAGAUUUAGGUCUAGAAUCUUAAUUAGAUCUAGUAUCUAGUCUAGACUUUGAUGGGAUCUCUGUAUACUAUUAGUCACAAUUAGUGUUUAGUUAAUAGUUAUAAUAUUAAAUAAUUAAUACAAUAUUUUCUUACUGAAGUGAAAGUGUGUCAUUACUUUUCUAUUGCCUGGCUGUAAGGAAAAUAAGAUCUACACAUUUGGUCUUACAUUUUAAAAGUUUAAGGAUAUCUGAAAUCGUUAGCUCAAAAGAAUUUUUACAAGAAGGCAUUUGGUUCAAUUAGUCACUGUCGAUGACCAGGCCGGAUGUGACGUCAUCAACCCCAAGCUCGACCAUGGGCUCACGAGCUGACGACCCAAGCAUGACGCCCAGUCAGCGUAAGCGACCCUUGUCUAUUAUCGAGGAACAUGACAGCGGCGAUGAUGCGCCCUUACCGGAUACACCUGGUGAAGGGAAGGCGACUAUUCGCGCCAAAGAAAAUAUCUCUCCGUUGGUCGUUUGUGAAGAAACACCACACUCGGAGCAGCUCUCAAACAAGAAGCAUAAAAUAAUUACCAAUUUCGCGACUCUUGACCAAGGUCCAGUCAAAGUUAGCGCUCAGAAAAAUAACACUUCAAAACAGAAAAAGGGGGAAGCUAACAUCAGAUCGACGUCAUUGUCGCCUGCUAAAUCCAAAACGAGUCAGCCAAUCCCUGCAAACCCUAGCACUGAUAUCAAAAUACCCGGAUGGAAAAAGAAGAAGCAAAGGUCUCCAAAGAAGAAUGUUGUUUCUCCCAGUCUGUCUGACCCAACAAGUAAAUCAUUCCAAGAUAAACAGAACCAUACAGAACCACGGACAAAGUCCCAACGCAACAAAAGAAAAUCUCAGGAAGAAAAAGACAUUUCCAAUAUAUUGACCACGACCCACACAGACACAACUAGUCAAACUUCCCCAUCUAAAAUCAUUACUGACGGCAACGGGCUAGCCAGAAUAAGGGAAACCGCUGAGCGGUUGAACUUGACAUCUUCCUCUACGUCGCCGCCCUUGGUAACGUUGACAAGUCCCAAAUUCAGCCACAGGCUGAGGCUAGCUCACGCCUCUGGUGGUGCACGGCCUUUUUCAGAGGGCGGCGCCAUAGUUGCCGACAAUCUACCUCAGAUAACUAUCACCUCCAGCUCAGGGACUUUAAGACUUCCUCCAGAUGAACAAAAUGCACCCAUGCUAGAUAUACAAAGUCGCGGCGGUGUUUCUGGGAUGAAUUCCAAGAUGCCUUGCCGUGUUCCUUUCGUUUCAAAGUAUGCCUCGUCAAAGUUCGGGAGCUCCUAUUUCACCAGGCGUGUCCGGAACGACUCGGUCGGCUCUCUCUCGGAAGGCGAGCUCAGCGAGGGCAGCGUUGGCGUCAACGACAGCUUCGACGACGUGUCGGUGGGCUCAGACCUGAAGAGAGUGCAGGAGACGACAGAGAAGCUUCACCUCAGUCCCAGACGGCCCAGCAUCAUGCAGUGGAGGCAGACGUACAUGGAGAGCCCCGAUUCCCCCAUGUUGAGAACAGCACUUAAUGGCGACGCUUCUGACGAGGGUCUAACAGCUGACCGGAAAGAAAGAAUAAACUCAGCCCUUGAUUGGCUGAGAAAUGAAUUGCAAGAAAUGAGAAGCCAAGAUCAGACGCUAGCUCGUCAACUGUUGAGCAUUAGGCAGGAUCUACACAAGCUCAAACUUCGGCGAUGCACAGAGCAACACCAAGACCUGAUUGAUGACUUCCAAUCAGAGCUAGAAGAUCUCCAAGAGUUUUCUUACGUCCUUGACAUCCCCCAGCCUGUUUACGGAAACAAUCCUUUAAAGCACAUCGGAGUCACACGCAUGAAUCUCAGUGCUAGGCGGUUCUCUGCAUGCUAGCAUACUACACUGACAUAUAUAUUUGUACAUGUGGAUGUGAAACCUAUAUAACAACCAAGUCGCAAUUUAGUUUUCAAGAAGCGUUAGACUUUCUGUUUCCUGUUGUUCAUACUUCAUCUAUGUUUUAAGUAUUGGAUUGUGUAUGUUCUGAAUGAUGGUUGGCUGACUGGCUUUGAUCUAACUGUGUCAAAGUAUUGAUUAACCUAUCAAGUUAUUUUUUUGAAAAUCAAAACAGCCUUGAUGCUGAAUGAAAUUUUUUAGAGGGAAAUUUAAAAAAAAGAGUGUAACCAUUUUACUUUUGAUGUAAACAAUUUUUUUAAAUUAAUAUUUUGAGUAAAAGAAAACAAUCAAUGAGGGGUUUUUUUUUGUCUUUUGUUGUAUGCACGAAAUAUAUAUGCAAGUGUUUCAAAAUUAUGUUUCUAGUUGACAUUCCUUCUGAUAAACAAAAUUGUGAUAAUGAUGAUAAUAUCCCUUGGCUAUGAUGGUCUCUUCUAGCCUUACAAUAAACAAAGUGACUGAUAUAAUAGAA